CGCGUGGUCCAUCUUUUUCCCUGUGGUUCGCGAUCAUUCAAAAGGGCGCGAAGCCAGUCGGGGAGGGCUCACGCUGCGGCGCUCACCCUUCCACCCUCGUUUCCUUACUUAUGUUCUUCUCUUCUGCCCUGCGGCUCGCGGCUGCGGGCGCCGUGCUUCUCUCUUCCUCUGCCCUUGUUCACGCCCAGGACACCAGCAGCAACGACACCCAGAUCAGCACCAGCCAAGUUAGCACCAACGCCAGCGACAUCAGUGCCUCGGCCGCCGACUUGAAUUCGACGUUCGCUCUCAACGCGACUCUGCACACCGCGGCAGUGUUCCGCUUCCGCCCCUUGACGUCUCCUCUCGGGCCGGUUGUUGACUUGGGUUAUGCUGCGUACGCUGGUAACUCGUCUCUUGAUGGCAUUACUUUCUACGGCGGGAUCCCCUACAUUAAGCCGCCCGUCGGCAAUCUUCGUUUUGCUCCCCCUCAACCUUUGACCGAAAUCUACAACCUCUUCCUCGGCAACAGCGACGUCGUCGAUGCGCGCAACUGGGGCCCCAUCUGCAUCCAGCAGCCCGCCGUCGUGGGCAUCGGCAGCGAGGACUGCGUGACGCUGAACAUCUGGAAACCCGCCGGCGCCACCGCGAACAGCAAGCUGCCCGUCUACGUCUACAUCCACGGCGGGGGCCACUACUACAACUCAGCGCAGGGCUUCCCCGCCAACGACUGGGUUGCGCGUUCCAACGGCGGCCUUAUCGCCGUCGGCAUCCAGUACCGUCUCGGCAUGCUCGGCUUCUUGACCGGGAACGGCAUCCGACAGGACCGGUCCGCGGGCCCCAACAACGGUCUGCUCGACCAGCGCGCGGCUCUCGAAUGGAUCCAGCGCAACAUUGCGGCCUUCGGUGGCGACCCGAGCAAGGUCACGAUCGGCGGAGAGAGCAGCGGCGGAGGCUCUGUUGCCCUGCACAUGACGGCUUACGGUGGCGAGCGCAACCCGCCGUUCCGCGCUGUUGUGAUGGAGAGCCCCGGGAACGAUCCGUUCUAUGAUGAUAGCCACAGCGAGCAGUGCUUCGUUGACGCUCUCUCGCACAUCGGCUGCCCGUACGAUAACAACGUCGUGAGCUGUCUCCGGAAAGCCUCCGUGGGCGCCAUCGUGUCAGCGGUCAACAACAAGCUCGGAUCGUGCAAGUACGAGCCCGUGAUCGACUACAACUACGUGCCUGGCAUCACCAGCGAGCUUUUCUCGACCGGUCGGUUCAGCAAGGUCCCCAUUCUCGGUGGACAUAACGCCCAGGAUGGCUCGAUCUUCGUUGGCAAGCCUGCCCAGGUCAACACUGAUGCAGACAUGGUCAACGCUAUCCUCAAGCGCUACCCGACGCUUUCCACGCCGACGACCAACGCGAUGCUGCAGACCUACCCGCCCGUGUCGGCGUCCACCCCCUGGACGACUCAGUGGGAGCGGACCAUGUGGGCUUACAUGGAGAGCGAGCUCUCAUGCUGGCCCUGGUACAUCGGCAACGUCUCUGGCCAGCCAGCGUACAACUACCGCUGGGACGCUGUCGACCCGAACCUCAUCGCCGCUCGCGGCGCCUACGUCGGCGCAGCACACACGGCCGAGCUCUUCUAUCUGUACGACGGCACGAAUUCGGGCCCCAGCGCGUCCGUCGCGCAGCCCGUCUUCACCGCUUUCUCAGCCGCCCAAGGCGACCUCGCGAAACAGGCCGUCGCGUGGUGGUCCAGCUUCGCGAUGACGCUCGACCCCAACGCGCACGCGGCCCCCGGCGCACCCCGCUGGGAGCCGGCGAGCCAGAACGGCGGGUUCAUGGUCCCGAAUACCGGCGCGUCGGCUGCGUCCAGCGCGAUGUCGUACAUCGACGCGGACUACCCGCGGCGGUGCGCGUGGUGGCGCAGCGUUGCUGAGGAGCUCCGGCUCUGAGCGCGGUUGCAUUUUGUAGUUGUCAUGCCCUGUUUAAUAUCUCUCCCUCUCUCCGUAUAUACUCCUGCUCACGACCUAAUCGCUCCUCGUACUUUCUUUGGAGGAACACUUGGAUAUUGCGUUCAUGAAUGUACAUAGGCCUUCGACUUCACAUACAUAAUCUUACAUUUGUACGCACGGGAAUAUA